UUAAAAUAAACAUUUAAAUCCAAAUUUUCCACCUCACCCUCUUCAAGUCCCUCUCUAAAUUAACCUCUCUGCCUCUUUCUCUCUCCCUCUCUCUCUCUCUCUUGCUCGAUCGCUCGCCUUGUUAUUGUUCUUCAGAAGCUGCUGUGCGAGCAAAAUCAGAAACUAGGGUUAGGUUACAUCGGAGAUGGCUCCCAAGGAUCCGAAGCAGAGUGGAGGUUUCUUCGCCUCGAUGGCUUCCACUUUGACCAAUCUUGGCAGCGCCAUGACCAAAUCCGUCAACGGCGUAGUGGGUUAUGAGGGGCUGGAGGUUAUCAACCCAGAUGGAAGCUCCGAAGAUCUUGAAGACGAAGCAAGGAAAGGAAGGUGGAAGCAGGAGGAUCGGGAUGGUUACUGGAAGGUGAUGCAGAAGUAUAUAGGCUCUGACGUCACAUCAUUGGUGACCCUUCCAGUGCUUAUUUUUGAGCCAAUGACUAUGCUACAGAAAAUGGCAGAGCUGAUGGAAUACUCCCAUCUGUUAGAUCUGGCAGAUGAAUGUGAGGAUCCAUACAUGAGAUUGGUGUAUGCUUCCUCAUUUUUUAUAUCUGUUUACUUUGCCUUUCAACGAACCUGGAAGCCAUUCAAUCCAAUACUUGGUGAGACUUAUGAGAUGGUUAACCAUGGUGGCGUUACGUUUAUAUCAGAACAGGUCAGUCAUCACCCUCCUAUGAGUGCUGGUCAUGCUGAAAAUGAGCAUUUCAUUUACGACAUAACUUCGAAGGUGAAAACCAAAUUUCUGGGGAACUCAAUUGAUAUCUAUCCAGUUGGAAGAACGCGUUUGACCCUAAAAAAAGAUGGUGUAGUCCUUGAUUUGGCACCCCCUCCAACAAAAGUUAACAACUUAAUUUUUGGACGAACAUGGGUUGAUUCACCAGGAGAUAUGGUUCUGACCAAUUUGACCACGGGGGACAAAGUUGUGCUAUAUUUUCAACCAUGCGGCUGGUUUGGAUCUGGUCGCUAUGAAGUAGAUGGGUAUGUUUAUAAUUCUGCCGAGGAACCUAAAAUAUUGAUGACUGGAAAAUGGAACGAGUCAAUGAGUUAUCAACCCUGUGACUCAGAAGGGGAACCACUUCCUGGCACUGAACUGAAAGAGGCGUGGAGAGUUGCUGAUGUUCCAGAAAAUGAUAAAUUCCAGUACACACAUUUUGCGCAUAAGAUAAAUAGCUUUGACACUGCUCCUAAGAAGUUAUUGGCAUCAGACUCUCGCUUGCGUCCUGAUAGAUACGCACUGGAGCAGGGUGACCUAUCCAAAGCUGGUUUUGAAAAGAGCAGUCUGGAGGAGAGACAGAGAGCUGAGAAGAAAAAUCGAGUGGCAAAGGAACAGGAAUUUACUCCAAGAUGGUUUGACAAAACAGAUGAAAUCUGUCCUACAACGUGGGAUGACUUGGAAGUGUACCGCUACAAUGGAAAAUACACUGAACAUCGGGCUGCAGUAGAUAACUCAGACAGCGUUGAAGCAAUUGACAUCAAAUCAAUAGAGUUCAACCCCUGGCAAUAUGAGAAUUUGGCUGCUGCUUGAGGUGUAUCAUGUGAUUGUUUUGCUUGUAUAAUAGUUUUGCUUAUUUAUUUGUUAUUCUUACCUUUGCUCGCUCCCCUUGGGAGUCAGUAUCAUGAUGGAAUCAUAAGACGGAUAGGCUUUCCUAGCUAUGACAUUGAUGUUUUGUGGUGGUAGAUCUUUUGCAAUCUUUUAUUAUGAAAAGCAAUUCAAGGUUGGAAAUC